GAGGCCAUGCAAACAGCCAGUGCGUCAGGUCUAACUGCCCAGACAGACAGAAGAGAGAGAGGAGGAGACGGAGAUACCCACCAAUACGCUACCAAUGCUGUCUCUCUUUUAACGAUUAUAUAAGUCAAAAAAGAAAGAACAGACAUUCACCUGGCCCAAUCUAGCGACCCCCGACUCCCCCUGCCCCGAUACCCUUGCACACAGAAAUGAGCGGCAGCGGGCGGCCCAGGACCAGCUCGUUUGCCGAGCCACCGGGGGCUGCCGGAGCCGCUGCAGGCGCGGCCGGAUCGGUCGUUGCGGGAGGGAGCACCACAGGAAAGUCCGGGGCGUCACAGGCCUCAGGGUGUAGCUCGUCCGGAUUCGGGAGCUUGAAGAUGAACAGAGACAGCGGGAAGGUGACGACGGUGGUGGCCACGCCCGGCCAGGGCCCGGACCGCCCUCAGGAGGUGUCCUACACGGACAUCAAGGUGAUCGGGAACGGCUCCUUCGGCGUGGUGUACCAGGCGCGCCUCAUCGAGAGCCAGGAGAUGGUGGCCAUCAAGAAGGUUCUGCAGGACAAGAGGUUCAAGAACCGCGAGCUGCAGAUCAUGCGGAAGCUGGACCACUGCAACAUCGUGAGGCUACGCUACUUCUUCUACUCCAGCGGCGAGAAGAAGGACGAGGUGUACCUGAACCUGGUGCUGGACUUCGUCCCGGAGACGGUGUACAGGGUGGCUCGGCACUUCAACAAGGCCAAGACCACCAUUCCCAUCAUCUACGUCAAGGUGUACAUGUACCAGCUGUUCCGCAGCCUGGCGUACAUCCAUUCCCAGGGGGUCUGUCACAGGGACAUCAAGCCCCAGAACCUGCUGGUGGACCCGGAGACCGCCAUUCUCAAGCUGUGCGACUUCGGGAGUGCGAAGCAGCUGGUGCGGGGCGAGCCCAACGUGUCCUACAUCUGCUCGCGGUACUACCGCGCCCCCGAGCUCAUCUUCGGCGCCACCGACUACACCUCCAACAUCGACAUCUGGUCCGCCGGCUGCGUGCUGGCCGAGCUGCUGCUGGGCCAGCCCAUCUUCCCCGGGGACAGCGGCGUGGACCAGCUGGUGGAGAUCAUCAAGGUCCUGGGGACCCCGACGCGGGAACAGAUCCGUGAGAUGAACCCCAACUACACAGAGUUCAAAUUCCCACAGAUCAAAGCACACCCCUGGACGAAGGUGUUCAAGCCCCGCACCCCUCCGGAGGCCAUCGCCCUCUGCUCGCGGCUGCUGGAGUACACGCCCGUCACGCGCCUGUCGCCCCUGGAGGCCUGCGCCCACCCCUUCUUCGAUGAGCUGCGCCAGCCCGGUGCCCGCCUGCCCAGCGGCCGAGACCUGCCCCUGCUCUUCAACUUCAGCCCCGUGGAGCUGUCCAUCCAGCCCCAGCUGAAUUCCACGCUCAUUCCUCCUCACACCCGCGCGCAGACAUCGCCCGCCUCGCACGCAGAGGGCAGUGUGUCAGACAGCCCAGCCCAGCCAAGCUCAGCACCUGGAACUCUCAACAACAGCACCUGAACACCCACCCCUCUGUCUGUCUGUUGGCCCCCUCCCCUCUUCCCUACUCCUCUUCCUCUCCUCCCACCAUUAUUGGCUCCAAACUGUAGUCAACUGAUGUACACACACACACACACACACACAUUUUACGGCUCACACAUUUAAUUGUAUUUGAAAGUUCCAGUCAGUCCAGCCUUACCCUUCGGUAGUUGGAAAAUCAGCUGGUACGCAGUCUAUUCGUGUUGUGCAGCAGGGUAUAAAUGGGAGUUUCACUGCAUCUGCAUUGACUCCUGUAAGGUCAGUAUAGAUGACGUACAGGCUCGAUCGACUGAGGUCCCGUGUCUUGUCCAGUACUUGACAAACGUCAUAGUAAAGCCAGGCCAGUUUAGUCAACCUGUCAUGUUCCUGGCAAAGGUAACGUGUGAUGUGAUAAUUUCGUUGUCAGGGGAGAUUAAGGGGUAGGUUGUCUGUAUAAUAAUCUUGAUUUUUUGAUUUUAUCUUUUUUUUUUUUGUUUUGUUUUUAGUGUUUAUUUAUUCGAAUUUCCAGAGUUUUUAUGAUGACGGAAAAAACAUUGCUCUGACAGUGUAUAUAUAAAUGGGGUUAAAUGUCCUUGAAUUUAUAGCGUAGACUGACAGUAAUCACUUUUUCCAGAGGUCUUAAAACGUGCUUGGCGGGCACGUCUGGGCUCUGGGCCAACGCUCCCACCUGCUGGUGGAUCUUGGUACUAAUCAGAAAAAUCCUCAAAAUCCGUUUGCACAGACGGCUUCAUUGUCUGGAUUAAUGUUUCUUUACAGCAAGAUCGGCUUCUUUCUGCAGUUAGGCAGUUCUGUGUUUGAGCUCUCUGGGGCUUGAGAAGGGGGGGGCAUUGUGGGGGUCUUCAGCUACUGAAUCAGUAUAUCGCUUCACGUCUCAGUCAGAUCUUAAAAUGCCCCCCCCCCUCGCUGUUCUCCGUACCAUGAGACUAAACAUUAGAUAAGGUCAUUUGGUUCUGCAUGUAAAUGGAAAAGAAAGUUUGUGGUUUUAUACUUUUUAUAUUAAAUUAUAGAAAAAUUGCAACAAAAAUGAUGAAACGGCUGUUUUGUUUCCUUUUCUUAUUUUACUUGUACAUUUAUUUAUUUUUAUUUUUGAUAGGGGAUUUUAGAGGUUUUACUCUUGGCCAGAGGUGGGGGGUGUGAAAUCAUUAGUCAUAUAGGUGUCGAGUGUCCCUUUGGCUGCUACCCAACUGAAUAAAUCUGGUUCAGCUUUGAAAAUGUUAAUGUGCAAGUCUUAAUGUUCACAAUUUUAAGGAGGGACCUUUUCAAAACCGAGAAGCGCACAUUCGUUUUAUGUUCAUGUCUGCUGGUGUGUGUGUGUACACGCAUCGAAGUCACUGAAGCAGAAAACGCAAAUAUUGUCGAAACAUUUCUUGGCUUUGCGACUGCAGUCGCAGGGAGGCUGAGAGGAAUGGAAGUGGUUCAUCUUGUGUGGUCUGGAAAGUUUAUAAAUUGUAUUGUCCACUAGGAUGCUGGGUCCUUUUUGGAAAGCGGUCGAAGCUGUGUUUGAAAUGGUAUAAAAUAGUUUUUUUUUUUUAACAGCAGUUUCACAACGUUGACUGGCAGGGCAUGGUAUUGCAUGGUGAUGACUGUCAUCUCGCCUCAUUCACUUAAAAGCACUCCCUUUCUCUCUCAUUUGCAUGCACCCGGUUUGGCUUUCUGCCUUUUCAUUGGUUGGCUUCCUUGCACGCACCGGACGAGUUGCCAGUUCGCCAGACGCACAGCAGCUUGCAGGCAGAUGUUUCUCCAGCUCUGGCUGCGGCACCUCUGCUCGCAAAGUGUAGCUAUGUGUUGACGUAUUGGUUUAGUAGGGGAGAUUUGUGUUUGAUGUGACCAGGUGCGGCAAAGUUAGAGUUCCCAUCUCAAGGUCACAAAGUGCUGUUUGUCACAUUUUCAUCCAGUCUAAAUUUUUUUUCUUUUUUUUCCCCUGCCUGGAUGCACAUUGGCUCUGCAUGUCAUGGUGUGUGCCUGUGUACGUGUUUGUGCGUUUGCGCGCGUGCGAGGGGAGGUGUGGAGGCUUCAUGUACUGUAAAUGAGUUGUAGUGUACCGCAUGACUGUGGUGUCCCGAGUGUACUUGUGUGUUUGUAGAUCUUAAUCGCUCACUUAAGGAACUUUUUUUUUUUUUGUUGGGGGGGAAAAAAAAACGCACUCGACUGCUACCCUGAUCACCGUGGUUUCGGUCAUUAGAACUUCCAAACAUAUAAUUACAGGUUUUCUGGUUCACUGCUAGCUACUACAGUCCCCUAGCCCUCCUCCCACUCACACACCGCACAGAUGGAUCAACAGGCUAAAUAACCUCAAACUGUUUUGGAGCCCCCCCACCCCACCCCCUUUCCCUUCCUCUCCUCUGACCCCCCCCCCCCCCCUUACUAUAGCUAACCUGUAAAUAUCGACUACUUUUAUUUUAUUUUAUUUUUUGUUAUUCUUGUUAUUAUAUUGUUGUUCUUGUAAUUUUCUUUUUCUUCGGCAGAGCAGAGCCGGCGUAACCGUGACCAGGCUCUCUCCCUUCAGGCCUGCAGUCUGUAAAUACAGUUUUAUUUCAAGACCUGGUUCAGCAGGGAAAAAACGAAACAAAAUGUACUGUUUUUUUCUCUCCCUUCAUUUCUCUCUGGUCAUUCCCCCCCCCCCUUAAAUGUUAUUGUGUUGCUUUUAUUUAUUGUGCUUCUGUUAUAGGGUUGGGUAGGGGUAGGUUUAGAAAGCUUGCUUUUAAAAUGUGCGACAUCCAGAACUUUGGGAUGGUCUCUUAAGCAAGAAUCUGGCAUUAGCAGGUAAACGCCAUAUGCAUUCGGUGGAGCCAUACGUAUUAUCUGUUUUAAUGUGAAGGGAGCAUCAAAUGGCUUUGGGAUGCAGCUGCACAUCUAAGUUGGAUCUCCAUGGAAACACCGAUGGAAGCAGUGCGCUCAGCACGUGGACGCAGCUGAGCGGAGUGACAGUUGAACGGCCAUCGCCUGUUGUUUUAGACUGUCCUGCUUCCCCGUCUCUUCUUCUCCACGUUGUUUCAUGGUGUACGUGAAUGCGGUGGUGCAGCCCCUGUGUCAGGUGCUUUUUCGUGCGUGCGCGCGUGUGUCUGCCUGUGUAUAAGCGAGAGAGAGUGUAAGCUGAAUGUGUGCCGUGGGCGGGCGGGCGCUCUCCUGCGUACCGGUUAGUUCCUCUGGUGUUUGACCCUUUGCUGUAUCCCACCCAAAUGAAGAAAAUAACUGUAAAUGUUUUCUUUCAGCAUAUGUUAUGGGUUGGUUUUAAUUUGUCGCAAUUGCAUUUAACACCUGCUGCAGGUGUAUUGAUAUGUCAGCAGGAGGAGCUGUUGUGGGAAGGGGUGUAGGGGAGAGAGAGAGAGGGAGGGAGAGAAACUGUGUUUUUGUUUGUUGGUAUAAAAAUAAUUAAACUCAUUAAUAAAGUGAUGAAACUGC